GUUACAGCUGACGGUAUUGUUUUUAUUAGCUGGAAGGCAGACCACCCUGGCCUUUCAUUAAGAUCUAAUUUAUCAGGGUUUAAAGACAAAACCAUGGGGGACGAACAAGACAUAAUGUGCAAACUAGAAAACAUUAUGGAAAUACGGAAUAAGACGGUACAGAUGCAGAAGAUCAAGUCUCGUCUGAAGUCAGAGUUUGAGUCCCUAGAGUCUGAGGAGAAACAUCUGAAGGAAUACAAACAGGAGAUGGACCUCCUAAUGCAGGAGAAGAUGGCACAUGUAGAGGAGCUACGACUUAUACACGCUGAUAUCAAUGUGAUGGAGAGCACUAUAAAGCAGUCGGAGAACGACUUGAACAAGCUGCUGGAGACGACGCGGAGGCUCCAUGAUGAGUACAAACCCCUGAAGGAACAUGUAGAUGCCCUGAGGAUGACCCUGGGCCUUCACAGACUGCCCAACCUCAACGAAGAGGAGGAGAAACUCUCUCUGGAUUACUUUGAGAAACAGAAGGCUGAGUGGCAGAAGGAGCCUCACGAGCCCACAAUCCCAGAAUCCCUUGCAGCAGCAGCUGCCGCGGCCCAACAGCUCCAGGUCUCCCGGAAACAAGAUGCCCGCCAGACUGCCACUUUCAGACAACAGCCCCCUCCCAUGAAGGCCUGUCUGUCAUGCCACCAGCAGAUCCAUCGUAACGCUCCCAUCUGUCCACUGUGUAAGGCCAGGAGUCGCUCCCGUAACCCCGAGAGGAAGCCUGAAGACACACACUCUCCUUCUACCACCUCGUGGGCGUCUGCGACGGCCCAUCAGGACUCUUGGAGAGACGUCGACCUCGGCUCGAACCUGAAGCAGCUCCCUGAGGACUCCACGUCCUCGCGGCGGCGUCAAGCACGGGAACAGUUGUUGUACGGCGCUGCCGGUGGGCGUCGGCUCCAGCUUUAG